AUGAGCGAUCUCAAGGAACGCGUCAGUGAUUCUAUCUCUGCUCAAGGAAGCAAUGGCGACUCUCCCGACUCAGGCACAGGCGUCAGCAACGUCGUCAUCGACCCUAUUGUUGAAAAGCGCACUAUAUCCAAAUUUGACAAGUUCAUGAUGCCACAGAUGGCGAUACUCAUGCUCAUUGCAUACCUGGACCGCUCCAAUAUUGGAAACGCGAGAGUGUUUGGUUUCGAAGAAGGCAUUGGCCUUGUUGGCACUCAGUUCAACAAUUUGUCCACUCUGUUCUACCCAACCUACGUCGUCUUUGAAAUACCCUGGGUCAUGGCCGUUAAGAAAUGGGGCGCCAACACCAUCCUCGCGGUUGCCAUGGUAGGCUGGAGUGUUAUCACUCUCGGCACCGGAUUCAUCAAGAACUACCAUCAAGCAAUUGCCAUGCGACUUCUCUUGGGAAUUUUCGAAUCUGCGCUGUUCCCUUGCCUUGCCUUCAUCAUUUCCACAGUUUAUUCUCGCGAACAGCAAGCAAAGCGUAUUGCAGUUCUCUACGGAGCCAUUGCUCUUUCUGGGGCUUUUGGUGGCCUCAUUGCCUAUGGUAUCCAGCUCAUGGGCGAAAGAGCUGGUCUUGCUGCAUGGCGGUGGUUGUUCAUCAUCGAGGGAUGCAUCUCGAUUGUCAUUGGGCUGGCACUUUGGGUCACCCUUCCCUUUAGCUCCGAAAAGGCUUGGUUUCUCAAUGCAGAGGAGAGCGCUGUCAUGAGCUUGCGGAUCCAAAGAGACGCUGCAUACAAGGGUGAGGGGGAAUUCUCCUGGAAAUACGUCCGCAUGGCCUUCACCGAGCCCAUCAUUUAUGUCGCCGCCUUGGGACUAUUCUGUUCCUCUAUUCCUCUCUUUGGCUUUGCAACAUUCUUGCCCACCAUCAUGGUUGGCCUCGGCUAUACCUCUUUGCAGGCGAAUUAUCUUUCGAUCCCGGUUUACGUCUUCGGCUGUCUUGUUCUUUGCUUCAUCGCCUGGAUCUCCGAUAAGCUUAACAAGCGUGGACUCAUUGUAAUGAUGGUCCCUAUCCCUGUUCUGAUCGGAUAUGCCAUUAUCAUUGGCACCGCUCAGCACGGUGUCGGUCUGUUUGCCAUGUUCCUGAUUGCUGCCGGUGUCUAUCCAUAUAAUACCCUCAUUGUAACCUGGGUGACCAACAACUUGCAAAACGAGCAUGUUCGCUCCGUUGGAAUCCCGCUACUAAUUUCAAUUGCUAAUGCAUCUGGAAUUGCAUCGUCACAAAUAUACCCAGCGAGAGACUCGCCAAGAUAUGUCAUGGGUAAUUCUAUUUCGCUGGGCAUGGAGGUGGUGGCAUUGGCCGCUGUUGGUCUACUCUAUCUUGUUAUUCGCAGGAGAAAUAUGAAGCGGGCUACUGGGGCAGAUGCUGAGACGGGCUUUACUUAUACAAUUUAG